AUGGCAAGGCACUCAGAAGGCAAGUACUGCUUCUCUUAUUUUUGCCUUUCUCCUGCUGGGCUGCUUCAGAACAGAUUCAUUAUUCCAUUCCUGAGGAGAUGGCAAAGGGUUCAAUUGUGGGGAAUCUCGCCAAGGAUUUGGGACUGAAUGCGAGAGAUCUAGGAAGGCGCAAUCUGCAUGCUGUCUCUGUGAAUAAAAUGCAGUAUUUCAGUAUCAAUGCAGAAAAUGGAAACCUCUAUGUAAAUGACAGGAUUGACAGAGAGGAAAUAUGUGGCACAACUCCACUCUGCCUGGUUAAUUUUGAGGUGGUGAUUGAAAAUCCCUUAAAUGUUUUCCAUAUAACUGUGGAAAUUCAGGAUAUUAAUGACAAUACUCCACAUUUUUUGAAAAUUAAUAUCAACUUAGAGAUUGUGGAAUCCACUUUGCCAGGCACCAGAUUUCUCCUUGGGAAAGCUGAAGAUCCUGACAUAGGGAUGAAUUCGCUCCAGAAUUACCAGCUGAGCUCUAAUAAAUAUUUGACUUUGGAUGUUAAGGAGACUUAUGAUGGAAAUAAAUUUGCAGAUUUAGUGCUGCAGAAACCAUUAGAUCGAGAGACCGAACAGACCCUUCACUUGAUCCUCACAGCGUUGGAUGGGGGUGAACCUAGAAAAACUGGGACUGCCCAGAUAUGGAUUAAUGUCACAGAUGCCAAUGACAACCCACCUGUUUUCACUCAAGAGGUGUACAAGGUCAGUUUGAGGGAAAGUGUUGCAGUUGGAUCGCUUGUGCUCCAGGUUACAGCUUCUGAUAAUGAUGAAGGUUCAAAUGCCCAAAUCAGGUAUCAUUUUAGCAAUAUACCACAGAAUGCCAACAAGAAAUUCAGUCUAGAUCCUUUGAAUGGCUCAAUCCUACUUAUAGGGCUACUGGAUUUUGAGGAAACCAAAGAAUACACUUUGACCGUUGCAGCAAAAGAUGGGGGUGGGUUAGAGACACAUUGUAAAGUUGAAAUAAGAGUUAUUGAUGAGAAUGACAAUUACCCCGAGGUAACCCUGGUUUCCUUGUUUAGCCCAGUCUCUGAAGAUUCUCUGCCUGGUACCUUAAUAGCUCUGAUCAAUUUGAAUGACAAAGAUAGUGGAGAUAAUGGAAAGGUCACUUGCUAUUUACAGGAUGAUUUGCCCUUCAGAAUCAUUCCCUCAUCUAACAAUUACUACAAGCUCCUGACAGAUAGUCCACUUGACAGAGAAAUAGCUCUACAGUACAAUAUCUCAGUAACAGCCUCUGACAAUGGCACUCCCCUUCUCUCCUCACAUAAAUCUAUCACACUUUUGAUUGCUGAUAUCAAUGAUAAUGCCCCUACCUUUCAGAAGCCAUCCUACAACAUCUAUGUGCCAGAAAACAAUCCUUCAGGUGCCUCCAUUUUCACCAUUAAAGCCUCUGAUCCUGAUGUGGACCAGAACUCACGGAUCACAUAUUCCAUCCUCAACAGCAACAUCGAGGAGCUUCCCAUCUCCUCCUAUAUCUCCAUUAAUUCUGAGACCGGCACCAUCUAUGCCCAGAGAUCCUUUGACUAUGAACAAUUCAGAGAGUUCCGGCUGCAAGUGAAGGCCCAAGAUGGGGGUUCUCCCCCUCUCAGCAGCAAUGUGACCGUCAGGGUGUUUGUUCUCGAUCGGAAUGAUAACAGCCCUCGUAUCCUGUCCCCCUCACAAGAAGCCAAGGGCUCAGCCUUGUUUGAGAUGGUGCCUCGUUCGGCCGAGGCAGAUUAUCUUGUCACCAAGGUGGUGGCCGUGGAUGCAGAUUCUGGACACAACGCCUGGCUCUCCUACCACCUGACUCAGGCCACUGAGCCGGCACUCUUCACGGUUGGUUCUCAUACUGGAGAGAUCAGGACCUCCAGGGCCUUUGUGGAGAGAGAUGCUGUGAAACAGAGACUGGUCAUUCUGGUGAAGGAUAACGGGCAGCCGUCUCUCUCGGCCACCAUGACUCUGAACCUGGUGUUUGCUGAGAACUUUCAGGAGGCCCUUCCGGAAAUGAAGAGCCAACCCAGCAGCUCGGAGUAUCAGUCUGACCUGCAGUUCUACUUGGUGCUGGCCUUAGCUGUGAUCUCCUUCUUGUUCCUCUUGACCGUGAUUCCGGCCGUUACAAUGAAGCUCCAUCAAUCCGGGCAUCCCAGGUUCCUACAGUGCUUUGGUCCUGUUCCCCAUUCCAAGAAUGGUGCCAUCUUCCCACCCAACUUUGAAGAUGGGACUUUGCCCUAUUCCUACCAGCUGUGUCUGUCUUCUGAGACCAGGAAGAAUGAGUUUGCCUUCCUGACACCCAAUGUUCAGAUGGCAGACAAUAUUCUUAGUGGUGAGAAAUCUGACGUUCCUUUCACAGGGGGAAGUGAAAGCAAUUUGCAUUUGGACAAAGUUAAUAAUGACAAGGUAAAUUUUCUUUUCAAAAAUUAUUUGUGCUGUAUUUUCAGUAAUUUUUAACCAUAACUAUAAUGGAAAUAUUAAUUGUUUACAUGUAGCUUACUCUAGCUGCUAUAUACCUUUCAGCAAUUGGCAAUUAAGAGGUUGUAGAGUAUUCUUUAUUUUAGGUUGCUCUCAGAAAGUGCAACACUUGUCGUUGAUUUUAAUCUAAGAUUAUUUUGUAGCCAAGUUUGCUAUACCAACAACUUUUUUUCUUUUUCUUUUUGUAGAGCGAAGCUUAUAUUAAUUAACAAAAUUAAAUGGUGCCAGACAAUCACCAUUAUAAUUAUGUCACAUGUUAGGGCUAUAGUGGUAAAUUAUAAUUUGGUGAAAUCUCGGCCAAAUCAAGCAAGCAAGGACCAGAGGCAGAAGGUCUCCUAGAUGGGCUGCAGAUAAAGGAACAAGAGCUAAGGAUGGAAGACAAGUUAUAUGUUCAUGGACAGGCUGGUGGGCAGAUAUAUCUGUUAGGCUAAGCCUGACCUUAUUCUCAUUCUCACUGAAGGACUGCAGGUCAAGAAACCUGCAGCAUUCUUAGUAGCUGGAUAUACGUUACUAAUCCAUGUGCAUCUAGCAAGUCUACCUAAAUACUUAUGGUAAGAAGUUGACAGAAUAACAUAGCUCAGGUUUCUUAAAUUCACUCACCACUAGCACUUCAUAAAUGUUGCAGUAAGCAGAUACAUAUGCCAAAGUAACUAGGUACAUAGUCCCUAAAGGUUACUGACUGACAAAAAGAUAUGGGGAACAUUGGCAAGAAGCCGUCAAUAAACACAUAUCUGUAAGUGUGUGUCAAACAGAUAUUCUACAUGCAAAUCAACUGAAUGUCAUACAUACAUCUGUAGCAAAUCAAAGAUUCAUGCUGUGUAACAUCUGGAAUAGUUCUGAAAAGUACAGGUGUCUCCCUCCACUUACACAGGGGUUAUGUUCUUGGCCCCUGCAGGCAUAACUGAAAUUGCGUAAAGUGUCCCCUCCCCCUUCCAAACACCCUCUUUGGUGCUCUACUGUAUCCAAAAGUAUCCACAACUAGAAUUGAAGUUAUGGGGCUGGCAGGAGGCUGCAGGAUGCAUGGGAAAGUGGCUGCUGCUGCGCUACCCCACACAUCAGCUGUUAGACAAGGAAGCUGAGCAGCCUAAACAAAGCCUCGCUGUGUCUCUAGUCUCUUCUGGGCUUCCUCUGCCCUCAUUGCCGUCCUCUUUGGGCUCCAGGGAGGGUCUUCUUGCGAGCCACGUGGACAUUUCAGCUCUCUUCUGGCAUUUCCAGGUUUGAAUUGAAUUAUUUGUUUCCCAAAACCACACAUAUACAUGGUUGAGUGCAGGUUGAUAUCACGUAAAUGGGGAGGGGAGAGGCCUGUAUACAAAACUGAAAUAUUAAUAUUCUUAUUCUACAGUAGAACCAUAUCACAAGUAUUUAAAAUGCAUACCUCUACAAUACUCAAGGAAGCUUUAUUGAAGACAUUAUAUUUCUUUAAAUGAAAAAAGCUGUUGCAAGUCCUGGAAGCCUUUUGUAACAUUAUCUCAAGUUUCUCACAAUAAGCAAGUAGAUGGAGAUGUGAUGGCUUCUCCUCUAUGUUAUUGAUACUCUAAAGAAUUUGAGUUACUGUGGGUUGUAAUGACAAAAUAUAAAAAAUACAUUCUGGGUUGUUGCUUUUGCAAAAUCACAAAAGACAUUAUGUGUUUUGCUUGCCACCCACAUAUACAAGAAAGCGGCAAGAAAUGCCUUAUAUGUUAUUUGCUGAAGACAUAAGACACCUCUUGCAGUUCCUCAUCUGAGACUCAGAGUGCCGCUGUUGACCAACAUAGUUCUCACAGUGGAGCUGAAAAUCCAGUGAUUUGCUGCUUCUGCAAUGUGAUUGUUCAGUCACACAGAGCUGGGAAACAGCAGAACACAGGGAUUUCCAAAGUGUUUUGCUGAGAAACAAAAACCACUGCAAAAUACAGAAAUCCGGCAGCAACCAGUAGCCUUAUUUAUCAUCCCUCAUUGAGCUCUUCUGCAUCCUAAUGGGAAUGUGAAACUCCUCAUCAGCUCAACGGAUCACAGAAAACAAGGAUAAAGCACAUAUCCCUGCAAGAGGAAUGGAAGGUAGGCAGAAGGAAAACAGCAGAUCAGUAAGAAGGCAAGUACCUCUCCUCUUACUAUUCUCUCUGUGUGGUCAGAUUGCCUCAGAGCACAUUCAUUAUUCCAUCCCUGAAGAAAUGGAAAAGGGAUCCAUUGUGGGAAACCUGGCCAAAGACCUGAGACUGAAUAAUGGAGAAAUGGGAAAUGGCAAUCUGCAUAUCCUUUCCCUAGGUAAAAAGCAAUAUUUCACUCUCAGUGCAGAAAAUGGGAAUUUGUAUGUAAGGGAGAGGAUUGAUAGAGAGGAAUUAUGUGGUCAAACUGCAAUCUGCUCCAUCAAUUUUGAAGUGGUGCUUGACAGCCCUAUGAAUAUUUUUCAUAUAACUGUAGACAUCCAAGACAUUAAUGAUCAUGCACCACAUUUUGUAAAUGGGGAUAUCAAGCUGGAGAUAAGUGAAUCCUCUUUAAAAGGCACCACAUUUCUCCUUGGACAAGCUGAAGAUCCUGAUCUUGGGGUGAAUUCUCUCCAGAAUUACAACCUUAGCACAAAUCAGUAUUUUAUUCUGGAAGUGAGAGAAAGAAAGGAUGGAAAGAAAUAUGCAGAAUUAGUAUUGAAUAAACAGUUGGAUCGGGAAAGUGAAGGCAGUUUCCAAUUAAUCCUUACGGCGCUGGAUGGAGGGAAGCCUGCCAGAACUGGAACAGCCAAAAUAUGGAUCACCGUCAUUGAUGCAAAUGACAACCCACCAGUCUUCACUCAAAAAGUAUACACGGUCAAGCUGAAAGAAAAUGCCCCCAAAGGGUCAUCAGUGAUCCAGGUGAAAGCCACAGAUAGAGAUAAAGGUUCUUACGCUCAAAUCAGCUAUAAUUUUAGCAACAUCCCUGAAAUUGCUCACCAGAAAUUCUACUUGGAUCCACAAGAAGGGACAAUAACACUUAAAGAGGCUCUGGACUUUGAGGAAAUAGAAGAAUAUGCAAUGGCAGUGGAAGCAAGAGAUGGGGGAGGAUUAGUCGCCCAAUGCAAUGUUGAAAUUUCACUCCUAGAUGAGAAUGACAAUGCGCCAGAAGUGAUUCUUGCCUCUUUAUCCAGCCCCAUCCCUGAAGACUCUGCAGUAGGAACCCUGGUAGCCCUUAUCAAUGUAAAUGAUAGAGACUCUGGAGAUAAUGGGAAGAUUACUUGUGAUAUACAACACACUUUGCCAUUCAAAAUGGUAUCAGCCUCCAAUAAUUAUUAUAAGCUUCUCACAGAUGCCCCCUUGGACAGAGAAAGAACUCCAGAGUACAAUAUCACAGUCUCAGCCACAGACAAAGGCAACCCCCCUCUUUCCACAUGCAAAACCAUCACACUGCAGAUCUCUGACAUCAAUGACAACUGCCCUGCCUUUGAGAAACCCUAUUAUACUGCCUAUGUCCCGGAGAACAAUCCUUCAGGCUCCUCCAUUUUCAGGGUCAAAGCCUCCGACCCAGAUGUGGACCAGAAUGCUCAAAUCACCUACUCCAUUCGCAACAGCAUCACUGAGGGGCUGCCUCUCUCAUCCUUCCUCUCCAUUAAUUCUGAGACUGGCACUAUCUAUGCUCAGCGCUCCUUUGACUAUGAGCAAGUCAGGGAGUUUCAAGUGGAGGUGAGGGCCGAAGAUGGAGGCUCCCCCCGCCUCAGCAGCAAUGCCACCGUGAGAGUGUGUAUUCUGGACCAGAAUGACCAAAGCCCUCAGAUUCUUUACCCUUCUCAAGGAGCAGAGGGCUCCUCCUUGUUUGAGAUGGUGCCUCGCUCAGCAGAGGAGGGUUAUCUAGUGACCAAGGUGGUGGCUGUGGAUGCUGACUCUGGACACAACGCUUGGCUCUCCUACUAUCUGCUCCAGGCAACAGAACCUGGGCUGUUCUCAAUUGGUUCCCAUACUGGGGAGAUCAGGACCUCACGGGCUUUUCUGGAAAGAGAUGCUGUGAAGCAGAAGCUCAUCAUCUUAGUCAAGGAUAAUGGGCAGCCACCACUAUCCGCUACCGUGAGUCUCAACCUGGUGUUUGCUGAGAACUUCCAGGAGGCACUUCCGGAAAUUAGCCACCAGCCCAGUGACUCCGAGUAUCAAUCGGAUCUACAGUUCUUCUUGGUGCUGGCCUUAGCUUUGAUUUCAUUCUUAUUCCUCCUGACAGUGAUUCUGGCCAUUCUCAUGAAGAUUCGGCGAUCAGGGAACCCCAAAUUCCUGCAGUGUUUUGCUCCUGUUCCCCAUUCAAACAACACAGUCAUUUUCCCACCAAACUAUGAAGAAGGAACAUUGCCAUAUUCCUAUCAGCUGUGCUUAUCUUCUGAGUCCAGGGUACAGGAGUUCACCUUUCCAACACCCAAUGUUCAAACCGCAGAUAAGUCUAAUGUGACUUUGACUGCCAAUGGAGGCAAUAUCCUAAAUUCUGAGAUGGAUAAUGCUGAUAUGGUGAGUUUAUUUUCAGCGGUACAUGGUUAA